AUGGCAUCCAACGGAAUUACUGAAAUUGAUUCAGGUUUGAUUGAAUCAAACUACGACAAUGUUGUCCACAGUUUCGAUGACUUAAACUUGAAGCCAAAUAUCGUUAGAGGUAUUUUUGGCUACGGUUACGAAACCCCUUCCGCCAUUCAACAGAGAGCUAUCUUACCAAUCACUGAAGGUAGAGAUGUUUUGGCUCAAGCUCAAUCCGGUACUGGUAAAACUGCUACUUUCACCAUUUCUGCUUUGCAAAGAAUUGAUGAAAAUGAAAAAUCCACUCAAGCUUUGAUCUUGGCUCCAACUAGAGAAUUGGCCUUGCAAAUCAAGAGUGUUAUCACUUCAAUUGGUUUGUAUUUGAAAGUUACUGUCCAUGCAUCUAUUGGUGGUACUUCAGUUAGUGAUGAUAUUGAAGCUUUCAAAUCUGGAGCUCAAAUUGUUGUUGGUACUCCAGGUAGAAUCUUUGAUAUGAUUGAAAGAAGAUACUUUAGAACCGAUAAAGUCAAGAUGUUUAUUUUAGAUGAAGCCGAUGAGAUGUUGUCAUCUGGAUUCAAAGAACAAAUUUACAACAUUUUCAGAUUAUUGCCAGAAACCACUCAAGUUGUCUUGUUAUCUGCUACCAUGCCACAAGAUGUCUUGGAAGUUACUACUAAAUUCAUGAACAAUCCAGUCAGAAUCUUGGUCAAGAAGGAUGAAUUGACUUUGGAAGGUAUUAAGCAAUUUUAUAUCAAUGUUGAAGAAGAAGAGUUCAAAUUUGAUUGUUUGGUUGAUUUAUACGAUUCUAUUUCCGUCACACAAGCUGUUAUCUUCUGCAACACCAGAAGCAAGGUUGAAUUCUUGACCAACAAGUUGAGAGAAGAAAAAUUCACUGUCUCAGCUAUUCACUCUGAUUUGCCACAAGGAGAAAGAGACACCAUUAUGAAAGAAUUUAGAUCCGGUUCUUCCAGAAUCUUGAUCUCUACUGACUUGUUAGCUAGAGGUAUUGAUGUUCAACAAGUUUCAUUGGUUAUCAACUACGACUUGCCAGCCAAUAAGGAAAACUACAUCCACAGAAUUGGUAGAGGUGGUCGUUUCGGUAGAAAGGGUGUUGCUAUCAACUUUGUCACUAAUAAGGAUGUUGGUAUGAUGAGAGAAAUUGAAAAAUUCUACUCCACUCAAAUUACAGAAAUGCCAGCUGAUAUUGGUUCUCUUUUCGCUUAA